AUGAAGCUGUCUGCCCUCACAAUCCUUGCCAUCACCACCGGCAUCCUUGCUGCCCCCGUGGCUGACCCGGUUGCCGUUGCCAGCUACGGCUACGAAGCUCCCAAGAGCAGCUAUGGCAACAAGGAGGUGAACUACGGCAACAAGGACGAGAAGAAGUACGCCCCUGUGAAGAAGCCUGAGCACCACAACUACAAGGCUCCUGAGAAGAAGCCCGCGUACAAGGCCCCCGUCAAGAAGCCCGCGUAUAAGGCUCCUGAGAAGAAGCCCGCCUACAAGGCUCCUGAGAAGAAGCCCGCCUACAAGGCUCCUGAGAAGAAGCCUGGGUACAAGGCCCCCGCCAAGAAGCCUGCCUACAAGGCUCCUGAGAAGAAGCCCGUCUACAAGGCUCCUGCCAAGAAGCCUGCCUACAAGGCUCCUGAGAAGAAGCCCGCCUACAAGGCUCCUGAGAAGAAGCCCGCCUACAAGGCUCCUGAGAAGAAGCCCGCCUACAAGGCUCCUGAGAAGAAGCCCGUCUACAAGGCUCCUGCCAAGAAGCCCGUCUACAAGGCCCCCGCCAAGAAGCCCGAGCACAACACCUACAAGGCUCCCGAGAAGAAGCCUGAGCACACCACCUACAAGGCCCCCGCCAAGAAGCCCGCCUAUAAGGCUCCUGCCAAGAAGCCUACCUAUAAGGCCCCUGAGAAGAAGCCCGUCUACAAGGCCCCCGCUAAGAAGCCCGAGCACAACACCUACAAGGCUCCUGAGAAGAAGCCCGAGCACACCAGCUACGGCUACUAG